GACAGAAUCAACAUACACCGUCAAACAGUUGGAACAUUUUACCUGCUAUAAAUUCAGGGUCUGGGCCCUGAUCGCAGAAACACACGCUUGCUCUCCAGCGAGCCCUUGGUACCAAACAAAACCAAUUGGACGUAGGUUAAAUCAACAGAUGCUCAACAGUCUUUUUACAUCAUGUUUCAAAAUCAGUUGUUUGAAGCUGUUUAACGUGUUUCCCUUCCAAAACGUGCCCUCCAGCCCAUCCAUUAAGAGUAUUGAGAGCGUGUCUGGUAAGAGUGUGGAGGUUCGCUGGUCUCUACCUGAAAAACCAGGAGGACCCAUCUUGGGCUUCAACCUCAAUCUCACAUCCAACAAACACGUCAUCAGUGUAGCAACUGGAGGAAAUGUAUUCUUCAACACAUUCUACCCGACAUUCCAUAACACUACAUAUAGGAUCUCUGUUGCUGCUGUUAAUGAAGAGGGCCAGGGUUCAACUGCUGAAGCCAGCAUAACAGCACCAGCACAAGUUGGUUAGUUUAAGCUCACAGUGAAACUUUUACUCUAU